CCGUAUUCAAAUUCAGCUCAAUUAACGCGCACUUCAGGUUGUAGAAUAGAAUCACCAUGAACCUUUCAGGUGCUCUUAAAAUUGUUCACGAUAUUGUGAAACAGGCAGGUUCCUGCAAAGAUUUUGAAUUACCACUUAUCCUGGUAGGAUUGUAUCCAACAGUAUCGUCAUCUGAAUUCAGUAUCAAAGAAACCCAAAAAAUCAAACAGCAGAUAUGGCUCAACGACCUCCUGCAUAUAUUGGUGGAGGUUGUCAGACAAGAUUUCUCAGUCGUUGAAGGAGCCUGGAACACUGCAGAACAGCUUGCCUUUAUCCUGGCAUCUGUGUGUGCUAGUCUCCAUCCUACAUCAAGUGAUGAUGUUCAUACUGACAUAACAACCGAAUUUUUCGAUAUCCUCCUACCAACAGCUGUUGAUUCAAUUCUUAUCUUAGCCACUAAUGUGCUCGAAGCAUCGCUCAGUGACGCUCGCAAAGAUGUCAAAGGCACCUUUAUUGGUACUAUAGAGUUGCUUCUACUCAUCUGCAGAAGCCACGACUCACUGGUACUACGAGCACUGCAAUCUCCUUAUCUGUUACACAUGCUCAUUACAGACAACGACGAAUUCGUAUUUGAAACAUUGAUUGGUUUGGAGGUUUGUAUUAAUUUGGAUCUGUAUUGCCUGCUAAAGCUCCCUUUACAAACUUUGUACUCUAUCUUAGACGAAUUGGUUUACAAAAUAUCAGGGAGCAACAAAAACAACGCUCGUCAAUCGUUGAACAUUUUAGCAACCAUCUCUUCAGUAAAUUCUAAUAUCCUCAAUCUUAUUCUUUCUAGGUAUGAUGGGCUUCAAACCAUGACAAGAAAAUGGAGCUUCGGUAAAGUUUCAGAGGUUACAAACGUGUUUGUUCAACAAGUGGAUCAAAUGUCAACACAAGGCAAUCUUCAAGUUGAGAAACAUGCAGCUGUUGUUAUUCAAGCUUCGUGGAGAGGUUAUUCUACCCGUAAAAAAAUGAAGCGUGUACACAACGGAAUUCGAAAUUUUCAGCUAUUCUAUCGAAGAUGGAAAGCAAAAAAGUGUAGUAAUGUGCAUAGUUUGUUGAAUACGAUUUCACUAAACUCAAAUGUCUGCAUGAACCUGCGACAUAACAAAAAGGAAGCGGCAAAGAAGUCCCAAAUGAAAGCUAAAGAGUUGAGCUUGAUUAAGCAAGAGGUAACUAAACAGAAUCGAAUUACAUUUUGGGAGACUCAACUUACACAAAUGCAACAGAUUUCAUCUAGCAAUAUUUCGUCCUUCAUUGAGCAAAAAGAAGUUGAAGCGGCUGUGAAGAUUCAGUCUUGUUGGCGUACACAUGUUGCCAGGAAAACGUACAAUCAUCUCCGACAAAAUGUUCACUUCAGUAACUAUGCCAUUGUCAUACAGAGAGCUUUUCGCAGAUACACGGAGAGAAAAACACACAUGGCUGUCAUCUCUGCUAGUCGAUCACAGACAUUUGCAAGGGCAUUGCUUCAAAAAGAAAUCAGCGAAUACAGGAGUGGGGCGGCGUACUCAUCUGAAUCAGUAAUUAGAGAGCUUCAUGAGAAUGUCCAAGAAACUCUUAAAGAGUUCUAUUUGUUAAGACCAGUACAAAAUCGAUUGUUGAAUCAACAAAAACUUGUAGUGACGCAGCUAGAAAGAAGCAGCACUUUACUAACUUCCGCUCCUAUUCUUACCGAUUCAUUUUUAGUGAAGAAUGUCACUAGAACAUUUUCUUCAAGUUCUGCACAAAUUGCUGAUAUGGCUCGGAUGGCACACAGAGAAGAGCUCAAGACUACAAACUUACCGUGGUGGAAGCGAACUUAAUGAUUAAAAAUUAAUAUUGUGUAUGUAUGUAUCAAGUAUUAAUAUAUACAUGGCUAUGAGUCAAGGCCCGAGAUCAUUGUCUACUACAGGGCCAAUUAAUAAACUGCUUGUGGUGCAAAUUUCCAUGUAAUAACUUGUUGCCUUGAAAACCAUAUAGAAGAAUGCG